AUGUCCCUGGGAGUAACUUGGUAUCAACAAAAUGCUCUUGAAACAACUCCUCCACCAAGCCGGCUGACGAAAUUGCAAAAGCUGAAAAUUGUUUGGCAGUGA